AUGUACCAGCCGGCGCCCCCACCACACACGGCACCAGGAUUACAAUACGACCGUGUGCCGGAUACGCGACAGAGGAAGCUGGGCAUCCGACCUUUGGAUGGCAAGGAUUUGUAUCAAGGUCUUGGAAGUGGGAUUUUAUCGUGGGGCAAGAGAUUUGUAAGGCAGAUCAUGUUCGCGGAGCGAGCAAGUGGUUUCCAGUGGAGUGAAGACGUCAAAGAAGACGUGCUAGGGCACCACUUGACCGGUAUGGCCGAGCGAUAUUACUCCCAACAGGUAGAGGGGUGGUUUGAAGAACAGCCGACGCCAGAGCAUGCGAUGCAGCGUCUACUUCAUACGUUUGCGACCAAGAUAACUCCCGCACAACGUAUGAAGAUCUUUACAGCUACCAAGAGCUCCAAGCGAAGCUGGACGGAGCAUUACCUGUAUUUGGUGGCGGUGAGUGAAGCGUGUGGAGGUGCCGACAACCUAGUUCAAGACAACAUUGUGCAUUACGCUGACCCGAAUGUGAGGGUGUCGAUAUUAGCGAGGUUUAGCCGCACGCGCAUAGACUAUUUGCAACAGGCGGAAGAGCUUGCGCACUUCGCGCAGUCAACUGAGGUCGAACUGCGCGGGAAGAAUAUCAGGAAGGACGAGGUUGACACCGUCGACAAUGGGCGCCGAGCCUAUCCCAAGACCCGAACAUACAAUCGCAAGGACCGUCGAGAUAUGCGCACGUGCUACAAUUGUGGAAAGCCAGGACAUUUAAAGAGAGCGUGCCCCGAGGGCAGUGCUGAGGCAAGAGCGACGGACGAUGUUGACUUCGUUUUGACCAUAGGCGGAUCAAGUGUCAAGGAAGAUUACUGGAUCCUCGAUAGCGGAUCGAGUCGACACCUAGUUAAUGACGCUUCAUUACUGGAAGACCCCGAGAAACACACCAGCGAGUUCGUUGCUGCGGAUGGUGGACACCUGCGCAUAACGAUGCGUGGAAGUGUGAUUAUUGCGACGACAGUACUGGGUAAAAGAACCAAGGUGCGCUUAACGGAUGUGUACUUCGCAGAAAACCUCGAGAGAAACAUAAUUUCGUAUGGACUAUUGGAGAGUAAAGGGUGUGGAAUAUCAUACCGGGGCGAACUAGAUACGACGGGACGUGACGUGCUGAUGUCAGCACUUGCACAACACGAGGAGGACGUCGGACAAGAUGUGCAGAAAGGAUCGCUAAUGCACUUUCAUAAACGGCUUGCGCAUCUUAAUUACGACACUAUAAUCAGGAUGACCAAGGAUCCCGCAUCAGGAAUACAGCUAACGGAUGAGCUGCGGGCAAACUGCUUGGCUUGCGCCCAAGGGAAACAGACCAAGAACCCGCAGUCUCGAAAGGACACUGGAAGAAACGCACCAAUCGACGUGAUUGGAGGAGUUAUAUGCUCCGACUUGAAGGGACCGAUGGCUCCACGGGACAGGUUGGGCAACCGCUACUUGGUGAAUUUUAUCGAUCAUCGGACUAACUACUGUCGCGUUUUCUUAGCAAAGUCCAAGGAUGUCGCAGCUCAGAGGUUCAAGCACUUCAUGGCUUUUUUUGAGCGACAAAUCAAUUGUCGCAUUCACGUUUUAAGGGCGGACGGUGGAGGAGAAUACAAGACUUUGGAGCUAUUCUGCAAGGACACUGGCAUUGCGCGCCAGGUGAGCGAGCCACGUAAUCAAGCAAGCAACGAAAAAGCGGAGCGAAUGCACCGCACCAUUAUUAACAUGGUGCGGAGCAUGCUACUUGCUUGUGGAUUACCGUUAAGCUUCUGGGGAGACGCCGCGGAAUAUGCAGUGUAUAUUCUUAACCGGAGCCCGAGCAAAGCGAAUUUGGGAAGACAAUUACCAUUGCAGAUGCUUACGAAGAGCAUCCCAGACUUGAGCGACAUAGUGGCUUUUGGCUCGCCAUGCACGGUCCAUAGAGAUGCGAGUAACAAGUCGCUGGGAGAGCGUGGAAAACAAGGCAUCAUCAUCGGCAAGAUCGAUGAAAUGAAGGGCUACAGGGUUUAUUUGCCAAGGGAGAAGACCGUCAUCGUCACACAGCACGUUCGAAACGUGGAGAUACUGACCAAGGAGCAGAAUGCGCAGUUACGUCGCGUACAUCCAACGGUGAAAGAUGGAGAAAAUGGCGAGCGUGGCGGUUAUGCGUCAAUGAAUAACUCAUUACCGGUUUCAAGAGAAAAAAGCAAGGGACGAGGACAAAGAAAACCCUGGACGCGCGAUGCGCACAUGACCAGGACGGCGGCGCAAAAGGUAUGCAGAAACGAUGAAGAAAGUACUCGGUCUGGUGAAGAGAUUAAUAGCGUGAGGGAGGCGGACCCGAAGAAUUAUGGGCAAGCCAUGAGGAUUGGGCAGAGGGAAAAUUGUCUUACUGCCAUGUCGGAAGAGCUGCAAGCGCUUGAAGACAACGGAGUUUGGUUGGUCGUAGUGCCACCAAAUAAUAGUCACGUGCUGCACACAAAAUGGGUCUAA